GAUUUCAAGGUUAAUUCGAGUCGACAUCAUAGAGGUCCCAUGGGUUGUAAUGAGUUUUCGGAUGUGGAUGUUGUGGAUGAGUUGCAGUCUUAUAUCGAACGUCAGAUUCAUAGUGUUGAAUCGAAGAAGAAUUUUAAUAGCGUGACUGCGUUUGGUGGGGGUAAAUCAAAAGUCAGAAUAACAUCUGGGGUUUAUUCAGUAGACCUUCAUUCAAAAAAUAUAGUUUCUAAAGCUGUUAAGAAGCUUUCAUGUGAGCUUGAUCAAGUUGUUUCACAUACCUAUAGCCGUCCAGAUAGUGCCAAUUUAAGGAUAACGUCCAUUAUACGGGAUUUUGAGAAAACAGUUACCGAUAUGUGUAACCAGUACUCUGCACAUGUUUCAAAAUUGAGAAAUCCUCUCUCAUCCAUUAAGCUAGGUAGUGUUUAUGCUUGGGCACGUGAGCAGUCCGGAGCCAACUUUAAUGACCUUCAAAUGUGUUCAGAUCUUAGAAAAAAUCGUUUGCGUUUAUGUCAAAAGUUGUCACGUUUGGUACGUCUAUCUAAGUCAUCUAAAGAACAGAGUCAACGUCAUCCUCUACUCGUCAGUCUGCGACAUGACCUAACGAAAAUAAGAUUACGUGCGACAGGGAAAGUAUUUACAGAAAAGCCUGUAAUUAUUACACUUCCUUCAGACAGUACCUUUGCUUCGUUUGAAAAACCCAUUAUCCAAUCGAAACUCGCGGUUGUAUUUGAAAGGUUGGCUGACCAAAUAACGGAUCUUCUUCUCCCAAUUUCACAUCUUAUUCCAGGUAUUUCAAUCGUAAAAUGUGCCGAUGAUGCUGCAAAACGCCGAGAAAAUUUACGUGCACAAGUAAUUUUAGCUAUUCACGGAUUUUAUUGUCAUUUCAAUGAGAUCACUGAAGAAAAUACAUAUGAAUUUAAACAAAAUAAUUCAGUCAUGAAUGAUGAUCCUAUGAAUGGAAGUUAUGACUUAUCGGAUAGAUCUGAGUCUAGUUCCGAUGAUGAUGACAUUACUGGGGUAAAGUUAUUAGCUCAACUAAGUCCUGCUAUAGUCCAAGCUUCACUUGAUCGAUUUGAUCAUUUUAAUUGGAAUAAACAAAAACAACGAUCUUCAUCAAAUCGUUCAAAAGAACAAACAAUGGAACUGCAAUCUAUCAACAAUAUACGACAACCUACUUCCAGUUAUGUAAAAUCAUUAAAUAUAAAAGAAAAGAUGAAAUUAAUUCAAUCUACAAUGGAUAAUGGAAAUGUUGAGAAACUAAUAGAGACAAAUUCUGAAGGUCAAUUGAAUAACGAUGUUUCAAUGGAAUCAGAUUCUGAGAUUAUUCAAACUGAAGAAGAUGAAAUAGAAGAGAAAGAAACAGAAGAGAAUAAUCGAAUUAAUACUGACCAAGAAAAGCACAAUAAAACAAUACAGCAUUUCAAUAAAUCAACGAAAUCACAUUCUAAUAGUAGUAAAGUGAGUAGUAGUGGAUUUACACGAAAACAUACAAAUCGAUCACUUCGUUUACGUCAUAGUCGAACACCAUCUGAUGCAAGUUGUUCCGAAGGUGAAGUAUUGUCUGAUACUGAAGAAGAUCAUGACUUAACUGAUAAUGAUGUUGUUGAUGAAAAAGAUAUUGUUGCUGUUCAGGAGAAAGUGAAAUCGAUCUCUGAAACAAAUUGUGAUCAUAAUGAAAAUUUAGUCCGUUUGGUUCAUAAUUCAUUACAGGCUAAUACACCUAUUAGUGAUGUUGACUUAACUGAAUUAGAAAUUAUGGAUGAAUGGGGUCCACCUACAUCGGUUAAUCGAUUAGACACAUCAAUUGCAUUAAGUGAUAUCAGCCUUCCAGCUGAAAAAGAGUUGGACUUGAUCACAACUGAUGGUGAUAAGAAUGAUAAAAUUACAGAUUUAUUCAAUGAAUCAUUAGAAUUCUGUGCUAAACAUUUACAUGAUUUAAUAAUAUUAGCUGAAACUAAUUGUCAUUUAAUGAGAAAGCCUAUAGAUAUCAAUAAACAAAAUGAUAUCAACCAAACAAAAAUCAAUAAUCAAUUACAAUCGAAUUUUUGUUUAUCUUCUGAAUUAGAAGCUAGUAUUGAUAGAACAGCAACUGCUUUCAAAGAACACAUUAAUUCAGUACUAACUAAUCUGUUACAUACUGCAUCAAUCUCAAAAUCAUCAAAUGAUGAAUCAAAAUCUCAUAGUCAACGUAUAUCAACAAUCACAUCAGCACGUAGACAACAUGCUCCUUCCCGACGUGGUUCUAGACUUCGUGGUAUGCUAUUAGCUUAUCAACAGGAUGCUGUGAAGAAACGUUUAAGCUCAAAUAAUUCUGACUAAACACCAAUAAUGAAAGCCAAACAAUCAUGGAUCAUGAUUACAAAAUGAAAACAAGUUUUUGUUGUCUCUUCUAGUUUUGAAGUUUGGUUUCAUUACCUUUUUUCUUACAUUUGAAGGAAACAUAUAACUCACUAUCAUCAAUAUCCAAGUGAUAUAACUGUGAAUUGGUCGGGUUUUUUAUGAUAUAUACACUGAUCUUUUAUU